AUGUCUUCCACACGAAAUCCGCGCUCUCUUAAACGAUUCAGACGUCGAGGGGUGGAGACUCGAUUCUCGUUAUGUCAUCCUUCACAUGCGUCUGCUGCUAGUAGCAGUUUGAGGCGUCCGUGUAACCGUAUGAGUUCCGUACAUGAAGGUGUCUCCUGUGAUGGUUGUAUGGCACCAAAUUUUGCAGGAGAUCGUUACAAAUGUCUUCGAUGUUAUGAUUUCGAUUUAUGUUCUCGAUGCUAUAUGGAAGAGCGAACAGCAGAAGUCUCAUCCGAAAAUCGUUCUUUUCGUGAAACCAAUGAAGAGCAUUCUCCUUCUCAUCCAAUGCAGUGUAUUAUGACACAACAAGACUUUGAAUUGGCAUACCACGGCGACCAAAUGCAUAGCUGGGACCGUUUGCGAGUUGUAAUUUUUACUUGUCCAGUUUGUGGUCUUCAAGGUUUUUCACGUGAACGCUUGGUUUCUCAUGUCGUUGAUGAACAUUCGACUUCACCACGAUCUCCAACGCAGCGGACUGAAAUGGCUUGUCCAAUUUGUAUUUCCACCGAUUUUUAUCGUAUUGGUUUUGGUGAUUAUAUGCCUAAUCAUCUUUCUGAUAUAGUAUUACACAUGCAGGAACACCACAUGCAGACACAAUAUGUGAAUGUCUCUAAUAAUAGCAACAGUGGAGUAUCAGACACUGCUAACGUGUUGUCCGAAUUUCUACGCGACCGCGAUCUGCGGCGUGUAGUUGUACAUAACGUGCCUUUGGUCAACAAUGAUUCUGAUGUCGAAGAUUCAGCCACAGGUGGAAUUCGUCGUAAUACCACCAACCAACGAGAUGGACCACUAAGAAUUGAUACAGUUUCACGCAUUCGUCGUAGGCCUCUUGAUAGUAGUGCAGCUGAGCUAACCCGAGAAACUGGUGAUUCUCUGAUACAGCCAGCAGGUUUUUCACCGAUACGCAUGGGUGGCCAAAUACCUACCGGACUUUCACCCAGUUCGGCUAUGCAGCCUGCUGCUUUAUCAUCGGGCUUCUCCAAUCGUCCAAGUAUACAAUCUGGUGGCUUUUCUUCUGCUCGUUUAUCUGCUUCAAGAGUUUUGCAACCUAUUCGAUCAACGAGAGAUUCUACCGGUAUAGGACAUGCUGGAAACAACUCUUUAUCUGCUAAUUCUGCUCUAGAAGCUCCACUAUCACCGUAUGAACCUCACUCAGAAUUCCUUAGUGAUAGUGGUGCGACAAUUCGAACCUUUCAGUACCCUAUUACUGCGUAUUCUCGUCCAACUGUUCCAAAUCAUGGUGUGCAGCGAAAUCAAAGAAUCUCUGCUGAAAGUAGCAGUCGAACAAUGGGUUAUGCUAGACGUUUCGUGGUGCGUGAACGAGACCAGUCGAGAAAUGAAGCAUUAUUUGGUGCCCCUCCCGGUUUCAGAAGGCUGGAAAAUGUCGAAGCUUCAAAUGUAAUUGAACUCCCUGUUGCCGGAGUUGCCGCAUGUUCUGCUAGCAACUAUAAUGCUAAUGCAGCAAAUUUUUCAAAUUCCGAUACAGCAGAUGCAACAGCUUCGAGUACUGAUGUGCAUCCUGUUCUAGAUAUAAGCGGUGGUGCAUACACUACGCAGAGUAGUUCGCAGGAAGCUUUAGUCGAAAGUAUUGAGGAACUAGAAAGACAAAUGGAACGAAGUGGUAACAAUGAAGCCAAAAAAUCGCUGAAAUACUGCACUUUGUUUACAGCUCUGGCUAAACCAUCAUGUUUGCCAGUGUUGAAAAUCGAAAGGGUUAGGUCGACAAACGACGGUGAAACGAAGCAGUCAUAUGCACUGACUUCUGAUGAUGAUGAUGAUUACAGAACCAGUGAUGAAAUUCCACCGCUUCGUUUAAUUAUGAGGAUCGGUCGGUCUUUACGAUGCACGUACAAGCAGCGUAACCAAAACAUCGUACAACAGCAAUCUUAUCAGGUGGCAGAUGACUUCAAUGAUUGGUGGUCGUCACGAUUUAGUGAACAUUUACUUGCAGAAUCAGCAACACGUGCGAAUCGAGCAAAUAUUGACGUUACACAUGAGAUACUGGAUACAUCGCUCGUAACAUCCGACCGAUCGAUAGUUUCACGUGGUGAAGUUGCUUUAAAUCGUGCAAUAGAAGCGUUACGAAGAUUGGAUUCACGUCAUACUCACAGUAGCCGACUUCCUGUAGCGCAUGAUGUCAUCACACAAACCAACAGUCCUGUUUAUAUGGGUUUGAUUCGCCGAGAGGAACACAUGACUCCAAAUUCUCACUUGUCUUCCAAUUCGCAUUUUAACAGUCUUUCAUCAGGUGGACGUUUGAGCAGUAUUCCUACACCUAAUAUACUGAGCGAGAUGAGAGCACGGAAAUCUGUGAAAGUGCAAGUAAAAGGAAAUGGACAACAUGAUGGUGAUUGCAGUGAUUUCAUCAACGAAGUUUUCAAAGCUCCAGAAAUUGAUGCAUUGUUGGAUGUCAAAUAUGUCGUAAAAAAGCGCUAUUACAAACCAUAUGAUCUGAAAACGGAUGAGCAAAAGGAAGCGGUAAUGAUUCCAUGGUUAGAAGAACAAGAUGCGUUGGACCUUUCAGUAGAUAUGUCUGAUGCAGAACUUGAUGACGAAAUAAUUGACCUUCUUAGACAAAUCCCGGAGUUUGCAGAUGAUGAAUUGACUCUUGGUGGGAAACUUAUAAAAGAUGAAUGCUAUUCUGAAGUUGGAUCAAACAGCGAAGCGACAAUGUUUGAUUCGGAAAAAGGAUCUGAUGAAGAACUGCUAAUUAAGAAAUGUGAAAGCGCUGAUCUGAAGCGUCCGCAAGGAGUGUUCACUGUUACAGGUAUGUUUGGUGCCAGUUCAAAUGAGCGGAACGAAUUUGAAACGGAUUACUGGAAAGAUUAUCGAUUUCUUCGCAAUCGUAGGAGUGUUUUUGUUUUAAAAAAGACUAUUGAUAUAUUACCGGAGUGUACGCUUGCACCCAUGGAUCACCGUUUGAUAAAGCAGUUGAUAUUCGGGAGGCUGGAUAUUCCAAUAUCAGUUUUUAACAGGGCACAUUAUCUUCCUGAAAUUUUCAUGCGUAUUAUGCGUACCAAUCUUCGCAUCCUUUAUUUGUCACGGGAAAGAGAAGAAUUUCUGGAAGAAAAUAUGGGAAGGAAAUUUCUGUUUACAAAUAGAAAGGAAAACGAUAUUUAA